AAAAUAAAGAGAAUUAAUAAGAUAAGCCAAAAUGAUUUGGGUGGAUACCAAAAUUUCUGUUGGUAAAAAUGGAGCUGGUAUGAUGGUGAUGAGGAGUCCAAAUUUAGUAAAAAAGACAGAGAAGCUAAGUAUAAACUCUUUUUCACAAAUGUUAUGUUAUUUACUUUUUUUCUUUUUUGGAAAUCGACAAACAUAGCAUUUGAGGGAAGAAGGUAAGUUAUUGUAAGAUCGAAGACGAUGAUGGUGCUGAAAAGAUCGACUUCAGUGACUGAUGAAAACCCUAAGAUCACAGCCAUUGCGAUUGGCAGAGGCAGGAGCACUCAGUUUGCCGUCAAAUGGGCAGUCGAAAACCUUUUACCCCAUAACAUUUCUCAUCAAUGCAUUCUCCUUCACGUUCAGAGCUAUAGUUUGCAUCCCCAAGAUGGUGAUGAUGUCCCUCGUUCGCCGACAGAAGAGGAAACCCAAGAAUUGUUCCUUCCUUACCAAGAAUGUUUUGCUCAAAAAGGGAUUAUGACUAAGGAAGUAAUCCUCCAAGGAGCUGAUAUCCCAAGUGCCGUUGUUGAUUAUGUCAAUCACAACUCCAUUGGCAACAUUGUUGUUGGUGCUUCCACAAGGACUACUUUCAUAUGGAAGCAAAAACAUUCUUCAGAUGUGGCAACUUGUUUACUCAAGACUGUACCAGAGAGUUGUGCAGUGUAUGUUAUAUCUAAAGGAAGACUCAGAAGUGUCAGAUUUGCAUGUCAACCGCUGUCAGUGUCUAUCGAUACAGCAGUACUCAAGCAAAAAUCUCUAAGGCCAACAGUGUCUAAGAUUGGAUAUGAUUUCUCCGAUCCUCAUCAAGAAAUAGCCAGCAAAAUACGUUCUGCACCAACUAGUGAAUCUUUUCGAGGUAUCCCGAGUGAAAAGAUCAAAUCUAGUGACAAACCCAAAUCACCAAGAUUAACAAGAGAGACUUCUAGGUUAGGAUCUGUCAGAAGACAUUCUCUAUCUGACCCAAAUGAAAUUUCAGACACACGGAAUCUCCUCUCAGAUCAGGGUAAUGAUAAAAGCUUUAGUCACCCCAACAAUGCAUCUCGAAACUCACAAGGAUCAUUUUCUUCCGAGUCAUCAAGAGCUUGUGAUGAUAGGAUGAAAGCGUUAAGGCUUGAGUUACAACAUUCCAUGAAUAUGUAUAAUUCAGUUUGCGAAGAGGCGAAAGCAGCAAAAGAGAAGGCGGAUCAACUACAGAAAUGGAGAGUAGCAGAUGUGCAAAAAUUAGAGGAAGCCAAGCUUGCUGAAGAGGCUGCAUUGGCGUUGGCAGAGAUGGAAAGGCAGAAAACAAAAGCAGCCAUUGAAGCAGCGGAGAUUGCUCAACAUCUGGUGGAAAUGGAAAUGGAAAAGAGAAAAUAUGCAGAAAUGAGAGCAGAGUAUGAAGCAGAAGAGAGGAAAAGAGCAACAGUUAUGUUGGGUCAUAAUCCAGUCCAGUAUAGAAAAUACACGAUUGAUGAAAUUGAAACUGCAACAAAUUACUUUUCAGGGUCACAGAAGAUUGGUGAAGGAGGAUAUGGACCUGUUUACAGAGCAAUGCUUCAUCACACUGAAGUUGCCAUAAAAAUUGUACGGCCAGACAUGUCACAGGCACAAAAACAAUUCAAACAAGAGAUUGAAGUUCUAAGCUGCAUGAGACAUCCCAACAUGGUUCUCCUCCUUGGAGCCUGCCCUGACUAUGGAUGCCUUGUAUACGAAUACAUGGAAAAUGGUAGCCUAGAAGAUCGAUUAUUCAGAAAAGAUAACACAACUCCAAUUCCAUGGAAAACCCGUUUCAAAAUAGCUGCUGAAAUCACCACUGCACUUGUUUAUCUUCACCAGACAAGGCCAGAGCCAUUAGUACAUCGUGACCUGAAGCCGGCAAACAUUCUGCUAGACGGAAACUAUGUGGGAAAAAUCAGUGAUGUGGGUCUGGCUAAGUUGGUUCCAGGAUCUAUCACGGAUAGUAGUGUUGGUCAAUAUUGCUCCACAGCAGCAGCUGGUACGUUUUGUUAUAUCGAUCCUGAAUAUCAACAAACAGGAAUGCUCAGUGUGAAAUCAGAUGUGUAUUCGUUAGGUGUAGUGCUUUUACAAAUGAUCACAGCAAGGGAUCCAAUGGGUCUAUCCCAUCAAGUAGAGAACGCAAUUGAGGAGGGUUCAUUUGCAGACAUUCUUGAUCCAGCCAUACUAGAUUGGCCCUUAGAAGACACUUUACGUUUAGCAGAAAUUGCAUUGAAGUGUUGUGAGCUGAGGAAGAAGGACAGACCAGAUCUUGCUUCUGUUGUUUUACCAGAACUCACUCGACUCCGAGAUAUUGGCCUUGACAAUGGACCUAGAAACGCAGAUGAUCACCAAAACAUUCAAUAUCUUCUACGGCCUCCACGCUCCCAAGAAACUCGUCUAGGUCAGAUUUUCAAUCCGGAAAGCCCCUUGGAGAGCAUGAAAUCCACGGCAGAAACACCCAGCCUGAGGGCAGCUUCAGGAAAAACCAGCAGCUAUCGUCCUCCUACCAGGAAAUUACAGCUUGCCAAAGCAAACAUGAAGUACCAUCUGGAAGGCUGUUGGUCUUUCAUGAGCUGUUCCACACCUUACGAAGAUUUGAAGAAGAUAAAGUCAUUCUCCUAACUCUUUGUUUCUUCUCCUGCAUCGAGGAAAUCCACCCAUUUGCCAUUUUCCCAAGUUAUUUUUUCCUUUUCUAUGUAACUGGAGAAUCAACAUUUAUUUAUCAACAAAUUUUAUACCUAGACUC